CUCACGACUGGCUUCCCCCUUUCCCAGGCUGGCGGAGCCGAGCCAGCCCAUCCCUGGAGUCCCCAGACGCCAUGGAGGUGCUGGUGCUGGAGGACUACCAGGCUCAGCGGGAGGACGAGCUGACCCUAGCCGCGGGAGACGUGCUCCGGGACGUGCGCCAGGGGCCCGAGGACGGCUGGCUCCUGGGGGCGCUGGGAGAACGCCGCGGUCUCUUCCCUCAAGUCAUCGUCCAGGAGAUCCCGGAGAAUCUACGGGCCGACGGAAGCACCCGAAGGCCCCGCUCUACGCGCCGAGGUCAGCCCGGGGGCCCUCCAGCUGCCCAGCGAUGGUGUAAAGUGAACUUUAGCUACAGCCCAGAACAGCCCGACGAGCUAAAGCUCCAGGCAGGGGAGAUAGUCCAGGUGCUUCGAGAGAUUGAAGAUGGUUGGUGGCUGGGGAAGAAGAAUGGGCAGCUGGGGGCCUUUCCCUCCAACUUUGUGCAAGAGCUGGACUACAGGCCCUAUGGUGCCAUCAUCCCUGAUGUCAUCCCCAGGGCCACUGGAGUGGUCCAGACUUCUCUGAAGCUGACCGGGACCCAGGAAGACACUCCCGAAUACCCCAUAACAGCAUCUGAAAGCUGUCGAGUUCUGUUUGACUAUGAGCCUGAGGCACCCGACGAGCUGGCCCUGCAGAAGGGUACUGUGGUGAAGGUGUUAACAAAGAACACAGAGAACCCUGGCUGGUGGGAGGGGGAAUAUGAAGGCAAACGAGGAUUUUUCCCAGACAAUUUUGUCCUCUUGCUGCCCCAGAUUAAGCUCCCAGUCCAUCAUCGGCUGAGUCCCCAGGAAGCAGUGUUUGGGCGAGAAAACCAUGUCUGCAAUGGGAGGAAUCGGAUGUCCAAGGAAACAAGAGCUACUACUAUUAAGAAGAUGGAGUCUAAAAUCACCCUACCCCCCAUCAAAAAGAUGUCUUCAGCCUCUAACAGGCCCUCCAAGCCUCGGCCCUCCACACCCAGGCCGCCGGCAGCAGGACCAAAUGGGGACAAGUUGAAGACCUCUCGAGAACAAGGAGGAAAAGAAGAUGGUGGUAGCAAAGGAGGAUCAGAAGGAGGUAGAGGAAUUCCAGGAGGCAAAAGCAAUGACAGAAGCAGUGAUGACUCCAAGACUCGGUGGAAGCCUCAGGGUCGAAAUCCCCCCAACUUCAGCCAGACCCCCACUCCUGGACAUGAGGAAGACAGGUCCAGUUUGACAAAGAGCCAGCAGCCUAAGACCAAACAAAACGCUUUGGAUAAAGCUGUUUUUCGGGAUAAAUCGUUCCAAGAGAAGGCCCUUUCCCGGGAGAAGAAACAAUGUGAAAAGCCUACUAAUCGGGACAACUCCUUCCCAGUGGAUAAGCCCCCUCCCUCGGAGAAGAACCUCGGGGGGACCCCCUCCACGGACCAAGACUCGGUGGACAAGGUCAACCCCUCCACUGUGGACAAGCGGCCCCCUUCGUCCAAACCCUCUUCUGAAAAGCUGCCCUCAAACAAGGCGGCCCCAGAGCAUCCCCCCUCGGGCUCCCAGGUAGCCCCGGGCACUGCCCAAUCGGAGCGGAGGCUGCCCGCUGUGGGGGACAGAGUGCCCGAGACCACCCUGAUCCAUUUGACAGAGCGCAUGGAUCAGAUGCAGGCCGAAGUCUCUUCUCUGAGGGGUUCGAUGUCGUGUCUCGUGUCACAGCUGCAAAAGGACUUGUCGGAAAUCCUGAAGGCGCUGAAAACUGAACGGGAGAAGAGACUGGAGCUGCAGGCUAAGUUCGAGAAUCUGAAACCAAAGGCUAACGUGGUCUAGGGUCCCGCCCGGAGGGGGCUUGUCCUGGCCGUGGGACACCGGCGCAGCGCCGCCCUCCCCCAUGGAGGGGGAGCCUCAGGCACCAUCAUCACCACCAUCCCUUUGGGACUUUGCGGGUGAGGGGAAGGGGGUUGUAGCUGGGCCUCCCCCAACUCCUCGCCGGAGACGGCCCGGAGCCCUGGGCCCCGCCCCGAAGGCUCCUCGGCCUCGCGUUAAACACCCUCCCCAAACCCAUCCUGGUCUCCCCCUCCCCCCGGCUGUCAGAAACAGAGAAAUAAAAUUGUAUUUGUA